AUGGCAUCUCCCGCCGGCGACCCGCUUCUUCCGCCGAGGUACAUCCUCGUAUCCCACUCGUCACAGUCCCCGAGUUGCAGUACGUCGGUGAAGACACUGAGUCAUCCGCACAUUCACUACCAGUACGCGGACGACCCACCACUUUCUCUGCUACCCAGUGGUCCCGAAGAGCAGGUUAUCGUGCUCGAUUAUGACCCUUCUGGCCGCGCAUCACCCCAUGCUCAAAGCAUAUCCGGUCCUGCUGCUGUGACCGGUGUCAAAGUGACGGACGCCCCUGGGCAUAUACCCAGUGGCGAAGACGCUGGCUGGAACGACAAGAUGUUUGUAGUACACACCACCAGUCUUGACGAGAGCCGCACAUCCGCCCAGGCCUCGAGCACGGAGGACCCCCAGGCCAUCCUCGCGCGUUUCCGCGAAAGAAACGCGGUGCUACGACAGGUCCUGGAGUAUCAGGCACCCCCUGUCGUCCCACCUGAACAUACGAAUGGGCAUACGAGUAGUUGA